AUUUUGAAACACUAGCUCUUGCAAAAUUAAAAUCCCACAAAAUAAAUUGCCUAUGACAUGCUCGAUUUAACUGGAACCCCCAAAAUCCUAUAUCUUCCAUAUUUUUUUCUCACUUUAUUUGCAGAAAUAAUGUUGAAUGGACACACAACAUUAACAAAUGUGAGAUUGCCACUUUUACCCCCACACUUGCAGCCUUUUUUUUUAACCGAACAAACGGAAAAGGUGACUGCUUACGACAAAGUGGAAACUUCCAUCUCUUAUUUUACUGCAACUCCAUUUCUCAAAGAUGAAACCUUUGGAUCCUAUGAUCCACUGUCGCAGCAAUUAAUUAUUCUUCCCACCUCUGUCACUCCAUCUUUAAUCAUUUCCAAAUAAUAAUUUACAGGGGAAAAACAAAAUGGGCACCGAGAAUAUGUUUCUCAAGAUCAGGCUGCUGCUUCUUGCUCUGUUUCACCUCCGAUCCCAACCCAGUCCGCCUGUUCUGCUGAAACGCUACUCAUAUAAAGAUAUAAAGAAGGCGACGGAUGGAUUUAGGAGAGUAUUCGAAAACUCAUCUCAGGAGGCCUCUUACAAGGCCAAGUUUCAGAAUGGGCGUGUUGGGGUGGUGAGAGAGGUGAAGCUAUUGGAUGAAGACGAUGAUUCCUUCUCAAAGGAGGUUCGACUCUUGGGGCGCCUGCAUCACCGCCACAUUGUGGCACUUUAUGGCUUUUCAACUGGACCUAGGCGGUUCCUAGUAUUCGAAAACAUGGAAAGAGGAAGCUUAAAGGAGCAUCUGUCUGAUCCAUUGAAGACUCCCUUGAACUGGCGAACGAGGCUGAAGAUAGCCGUUGGCAUAGCUGCUGCAGUGGAAUAUUUGCAAUUUUUCUGUGAUCCACCAGUUUAUCGCGUCUCUAUAAGUUCAAGCACCAUAAUGUUGGAUGAAAAUUUCACACCAAAGAUCUCAGGCAUUAGCCUAUCCGGUGCUUCUGAACACAAUGCCACAGCCUCUUCCCGUUGUCCAAAAGAAUGUAGAGAGGAGGGCGUCAUCUUCCAGCUCGGGCUGCUCAUCCUGGAGCUGAUCACCGGCCAGUCAUCCGAUAAGGGUGGUGUCGAUUUAGCAGAAUGGGUUCAAGAACCGCGUUUCUUGAGAUCGAUACACAAGAUGAUAGAUCCUGAUCUUGGUAAUACCUAUGAUCCAAGAGAGCUCAACGGCCUCCUCAAUGUUGCAAGAUUGUGCAUAAGAUCUGUAGAUGAGACUAGAAUAUACACCCCUCAAAUUUUGUGGUAUUUGCAGAAAAAGAUAGGGAUCACAAGAAAAUGAAAUUUGUGAGCCAUAUUCAUUUUUUUACAUUCUAAACUCUUUUUUUUUGUUAUUAUUAUCAUUCAAAUGUGUGAUUGUGUUUGAUUCUUCCA